GUGCCAGAAACUAUGAGUGUGUGUUCGACAUUGUUGCUGACAUAAAUAAACUGAAAAUUGUGAUUACCCAGCCCCAAGACAAGAACAAAAAGUUAAAUUACCAAGCAAAAGCUUCGCAAAACCCGCUUAAAAAUAAUUAAAAACUCAAACACAAACUGAAAGUGAAAAUUUAUUUAUUCGCGUUUUUGUUCAAGGUUGUUUGGCGCGGAAAGUGAAAAAUGAAUUCAAAAACCGUAUAUUUUUAGUGCAAAAUGAUAGCUUGAGUUGUGCGCGAAAAUUAAUGCCAUCUACUAUGAGAAGCUCGCUGUGCUGUGAUUUAUGCAAACGCCACAAAAGUGCACAGCAGCAGCGCAAAUUGCAAAAAUACCUCAAGGGCGAAGGCAGCAGGAGCCGCCGCACCACCAACUCAUUUAAAAUAGUGCAAAUCAACAAAGGCAACGGCAACGGCAAGCCCAGCAGCUGGCAGUGGAAUCGGUCCAACUUAUCAUUUUAAUCACUCAGCGGCAAACACGGGAGCCGGAAAUAGCAGCGAGGUGUCGCGGACAAUCUGGACUACGAACUCGACUUGCAGUCAAAGUUUGUUCUUUUUCUGCCGCUGGAACGGAACAGUCUUUCCGCUGAAAGAGAAGCUCAAACUCGAACUAAAACUCAUACUCACCGCCUCGCUUAGCUUCCGCCUGCGUAGUUAUGGUCGAUCCAUUAAAAAUCUUUUGGGUUUUGACAAAUAGCACCUAUUUGGUUACAAAAUUUGUACGCAUUGGUAUUGCCGACAAAAACGACUCGCCGCCAUAUUUCGAUAGAUUUCUGUACGAGACUGAAAUCGAUGAAAAUGCCGACUUGCAGAGCACAGUCCUCACUGUCAACGCCAAGGAUCACAAUGAGUCGACGAAUAUUCGAUACCAGAUCACAGGCGGUAACAUAGGCAAUGCCUUUGCCGUGCAAAACACCACCGGCGUCAUUUAUGUGGCAAGUCCACUCGACUACGAAACGAGGCCAAGGUAUGAACUUCGCUUGGAGGCGACACGAAAUCGCAAGAACAACUACACCACGGUUGUGAUCAACGUUCGCGAUGUCAACGAUAAUCCACCGGUGUUCGAUCGUCAAACAUAUCGCACACAAAUCACUGAGGAAGACGAUCGCAACUUGCCCAAGCGCAUCCUGCAGGUCACAGCCACCGAUGGCGAUGUAGAUAGACCAAUAAAUAUUGUAUAUUUCCUGACUGGCCAGGGCAUCGACCCGGAUAAUCCAGCGAAUAGUAAAUUCGAUAUAAAUCGCACCACGGGCGACAUUUUCGUGCUGAAGCCCCUGGAUCGAGAUCAGCCCAAUGGUCGGCCACAAUGGCGCUUCACUGUGUUCGCCCAGGACGAGGGCGGCGAGGGCCUGGUGGGCUAUGCCGACAUCCAGGUGAACCUGAAGGACAUCAACGACAAUGCGCCGCAAUUCCCACAGGGCAUCUACUUCGGCAACGUCACCGAGAACGGCACCGCCGGCAGCCCCGUGAUGACCAUGUCCGCCGUGGACUACGACGAUCCCAACGAGAGCACUAACGCCAAGCUAAUCUACUCGAUUGAGAAGAAUGUCAUCGAGGAGGAGACGGGGGCGCCCAUCUUCGAAAUCGAGCCGGAGACGGGUCUCAUCAAAACGGCCGUCUGCUGUCUGGACAGGGAGCGCACCCCCGACUACUCCAUCCAGGUGGUGGCCAUGGACGGCGGAGGCCUCAAGGGAACCGGCACCGCCUCGAUUCGCGUCAAGGACCUUAACGACAUGCCGCCGCAGUUCACCAAGGACGAAUGGUUCACCGAGGUGGACGAAACGAACGGCACCUACAUCCCAGAGACCCCCAUCCUCACCGUGACAGUGCAGGACGAGGACGAGACCAACACGUUUCAAUACAAGGUGGUGCCGAACAGUGGCUUCGGCGCGGAUAAGUUUGCCAUGGUGCGGAACGCGGACGGGACAGGAUCCCUGAAAAUCAUCCAGCCACUGGACUACGAGGACCCUCUGCAGAGCAGCGGCUUCCGGUUUCGCAUCCAGGUGAACGACAAGGGCGAGGACGUGGCCACCGGCAGCGACAAGUACCAUGUGGCUUACUCCUGGGUGGUGGUGAAGCUGCGAGACAUCAACGACAACGUGCCCAAGUUCGAUCGGGAGCACAUCGAGGUCUCCAUCUACGAGGACACCAAGGUGGGCACCGUCCUGGAGCAGUUUCGGGCCACGGACGCCGAUCAGGGGGGCCACUCCAGGGUCACCUACAAAAUAGUCCGCGCCACCAACCGCCGCCGCCAGUUCGCGAUUAGCGACAAGGGGGCGGUCAGCAUCCAGAGGCCCCUGGACAGGGAGACCGCCGACAGGCAUCACAUCCAGGUCCUGGCCGUCGACGACGGGACUCCUGCCCGCACUGCUACUGCCACGCUGAUGGUAAUUGUGAAGGACGUGAACGACAAUGCCCCGGAGUUUGCCCAGGACUACAGGCCCGUGCUGCCGGAAAAUGUGUCUGGCAGGAAAAUUGUGGAGAUAACCGCCAAGGACGCGGACGACCGGCUGAGGGGCAACGGUGGUCCUUUCACCUUCCGCCUGGAUCCAUUGGCCAGUGACGAAAUCAGAGCCGGGUUCAAGGUGGAAUACGAUCGCAGAGGCGACAAUGGCAAUGGAGUGGCUAUAGUUUCCUCUCUGCGCCCCUUUGAUCGCGAAGUAAAGAAGUCCUAUGCCAUUCCCAUCGAGAUCAAGGACAACGGAGCUCCGGCCAUGACGGGAACCAGCACUCUCACAGUGACCAUUGGCGACGUGAACGACAACAAGAUGCAGCCGGGCAGCAAGUCCAUGCUGGUCUACAACUACCAGGGCCAGUCGCAGGACACACCGAUUGGCAGGGUCUACGUCAACGACCCGGACGACUGGGACGUGCCGGACAAGAAGUACUACUGGGAGGUGCAGGAGCAUCAGAGGUUCAAGCUGGACACAGACACGGGAAUGCUGACAAUGAAAGCGGGAACUAGGCGAGGACGCUACUCACUCAAGUUCAAGGUUUACGAUCGAGAGCAUGGCCAGGAGGAUAUUCCCUCAAACCUGAGCGUGACAGUGCGCGACAUAACGGCGGAGGCGGUCCAGCAGGCCGGCUCCAUGCGGCUGGCCCACAUCACCGACGAAGACUUUGUGAGGACCUGGAACCCGGUCAAGAACCAGGUGGAGCCAUCCAAGCUGGAGCGAUUCCGAAACAAGCUGGCUGAGCUGCUAUACACGGACCGAGACAACGUAGACGUCUUUAGCGUCCAGCUACGCGCGGACUCUCCCUAUCCCCUCACGGAUGUCCACUUCGCGGCGCGAUCCGCCACCCAGCAGCCCUACUUCAAGGCCGUCCGGCUGAACGGCGUGGUGCAGAUGCACCGCGAGGAGAUCGAACAGGAGGUGGGCCUCAACAUCACCAUGGUGAACAUCAACGAGUGUCUGAUCGAGGGCCGCGGAAAGUGCGGCGCUGGAUCCUGCACAUCGCGGGUGGAGCUGGGCAAGAAGCCGUACACAGUCAGUGUGAAUAGGACAGCCCUGGUGGGCGUUCGGCUGGAGAUAAGCGCUGAGUGCAUGUGCCGGGCCAGAAACUUCACCGGCCAGGACCACAACUGCAGGACCCACCUCUGCUACAAUGGCGGCCGGUGCGUGGAGACCCGAAACGGUCCCAAGUGUGUGGCCUGUCCGGUGGGCUACAACGGACCCCGCUGCCAGCAAUCCACUCGUAGCUUCCGCGGCAACGGCUGGGCCUGGUACCCUCCCCUGCAGCUCUGCCAGGAGUCCCAUCUCAGUCUGGAGUUCAUUACUCGAGAGGCAGAUGGCCUGAUCCUUUACAACGGCCCGAUUGUGCCACCAAAACCAGGAGAGACGGUAAUUAGUGACUUCAUAGCCCUCGAAAUGGAACAGGGAUACCCGAGACUCCUGAUAGAUUUCGGAUCUGGAACGCUGGAGCUGCGGGUGAAGACCAAGAAGACCCUGGACGACGGCGUGUGGCACAGGCUGGACAUAUUCUGGGACUCGGAGAACGUGCGGAUGGUGGUGGACUUCUGUCGCACUGCCGUGGUUUCCGAAUUGGAGGACGGAACUCCGCCAGAGUUCGAUGACAACGCCUGCCAGGCUCGCGGGCAGAUCCCGCCCUUCGCCGAGUCCCUGAAUCUGAACCAGCCGCUCCAACUGGGAGGCCUCUACCGACAGCACUUCGACCAAACCCUCUACAACUGGCAGUACGCUUUCAGCUCCAAGGGCUUUGACGGCUGCAUUCGCAAUGUGAUCCACAACUCCGAGCAUUACGACCUAGCCUUUCCGGCCCUGGCCCGGAACAGUUUCCCAGCCUGCCCACAAACGGACGAGGUGUGCCUGAAAACAGAGCACACGGCCCGGUGCUGGGAGCACGGGAACUGCGUGGCCAGCCUGGUGCAGGCCAAGUGCCACUGCCAGCCGGGCUGGAUGGGCCCCGGGUGCAACCUGCCCACCAUUCCCACCACCUUCAAGGCCCAGAGCUACGUAAAGUUCGCCCUCAGCUUCGAGCCUGACCGCUUCUCCACCCAACUGCAGCUGAGAUUCCGCACCCGGGAGCAGGGCGGGGAGCUGUUCCGGGUCAGCGAUCAGCACCACCGGGAGUACGCCAUCCUGGAGCUGCGUCGAGGCCAUCUCCAGUUCCGCUACAAUCUGAACUCGCUGCGUAACGAGGAGCAGGUCCUGGGCCUGACCGCCGUAGCCGUGAACGACGGCCAGUGGCAUGUGAUUCGCAUCAGCCGCUACGGCUCGGCCGCCCUCAUGGAGCUCGACGGCGGGGAGUCCAGGCGGUACAACGAGUCCUUCCACUACACCGGCCACCAGUGGCUGAGCAUCGACAAGCAGGAGGGCGUGUAUGCUGGCGGCAAGGCCGAAUAUACGGGCGUCAAGACCUUUGAGGUGCAGUCCGACUUCCAGCGGAGCUGCUUGGACGAUAUCAGGCUCGAUGGCAAGCACCUCCCGCUGCCCCCCUCGAUGAACGGAACCCAGUGGGGCCAGGCCACGAUGGCCCGCAACCUGGAGCGCAACUGCCCCUCGAACAGGCCCUGUUCGAACGUCAUCUGCCCGGAUCCCUUUGACUGCGUCGACUUGUGGAACGAGUACGAGUGCACUUGCAGCGAGGGUCGGAUCAUGUCCUCGGACACGAAGGGCUGUGUGGACCGGAACGAGUGCUUGGACCUGCCCUGCCUGAACGGGGCCACCUGCAUCAAUCUGGAGCCGAGGCUCCGGUAUCGGUGCAUCUGCCCGGAGGGCUAUUGGGGCGAGAACUGCGAGCUGGUCCAGGAGGGGCAACGCCUCAAGCUGAGCAUGGGCGCUCUGGGCGCCAUAUUCGUCUGCCUGAUUAUCAUACUGAUACUAGCCCUGAUUUUUGUGCUAUACAGCCGGAAACGCAAGACAACCAAAAAGAAGAAGCGCUCCGGACCCGAAAAGGAUGUCCGCGAGACGGUCAUCAGCUACGAGGACGAGGGCGGCGGAGAGGACGAUAUGACGGCCUUUGACAUUACGCCACUGCAAAUACCAAUCAGCGCCCAGGGAGGACCUCCGGACAUCGCCGCCUGCAAGAUGCCCAUAAUCUAUCCCGUGAUGACGCUGCUGCCACCUGGCCAGGAGCUGAACGUGGCCUACCUGAUGGAGGAGCGCAAGCAGCGCAUCGACAAGGAUCCCAACGCCCCGCCCUUCGACGACCUGCGCAACUUCACCUUCGAGGGCAGUGGCAGCAUCGCCGAGUCGCUUAGUUCGCUGGCAUCCGGCACUGAUGAUGAGAAUCAAGACUUUAACUAUCUACAGAACUGGGGUCCACGUUUCAAUGCCCUGGCCGCCAUGUACGUGCACGAUAAGGCGAAAGCAAAGCAGCUCCCAUCGGACGGCGGAGGAGCUGGAACAUCAUCAUCGUCGCCGCCUCUCGGAGGAGUCGGAGUCGGAGGUGCCGGAGGAGUGAAUUCGGUGGACGGCAGUGGCAGUGUCCUGGCGGUUGUGGCCACCGGCAGUGGGGCAGGUCCUGGCGGUGGCGGUGUCAGUGGGAUAAUGUCGCCGCCUGAUGUCGGAAAAGUUGUAUUAUAAAAAUAAAUAGUUAAGAUGUAGUUAAAAAUGAUGUUUCAGCUGUAAGCUCGAUGGCACAUGCCGAAUUUUCAGACGCCCCCACGCCCGAAGCGGCGUGUGUCUGGUUAGGGUUAAUUGUGUGUACAUGUGGCUAUCUGUGGAAUUUAAGACUUAAUGUUUAAGGUUUUAGGUGUUCUCUCACAUAUAAGAUAUUGGAGUGUUUCAAAUACGAAUGGGUUCUCGAAGUAAUAAUCCACAGCUUCCUGUUAAAGGACACUAAUUCUGUACCAUUUCAGUUUCUUUUCAAAAAAAAAUUAUCAAAAAAUUAAUAUAAAAUGUUAAAAAAUAUAGUUUCCCAGACUUCUAACUAAAACUUUUCUUUAAGCCCUUCCCUAUCUUUGGAAAUUAUUGAAUAUUAAACUGAACCAACUGAGAAAUCAAUAAAUAAAUCUUUGAAUAAAGAAUAGAUAUAUUAUAAAUUACAUUAGGCAUUCCAAAAUGGAAAAAGAGUUUAUAAAACUUGCUACAUACUAGUUAAAGACCCUGUAUAAAUACGGCAUUAACUCUCUAGCACGUAAGUUCUACGCAACUAAACCGAAAUUUUCCCCAAACCCCAGACCCCAGUCACCGCUCCUCGAAAACGCGGGGACCGAAAAUGUUGAACGUUGCAACUUUUGUACGGCGGCACCGACAGGGGAACGUGUCCGUGUCCGAUUGCCACCGACCAGGUGGCACCUAGAAACCGAGGCUGAGAGCUGCCACCGAACCCGCUGCCACGCUGCCGCAAAAGUUUGCAGAGCAAAGUAGAAAUUUAAUAAGAGGAAAAAAUCAUAACUAACUUUGGUGAAAUUUAAAACUAAACGGACGGAGCGGAAUGGAACGGCGGAAACGGCAAACUCAACUGUAACAUAAUUUUGUAAAUAAUAAAUUCUGUAAUUUAAUGAUUGCUCUUCACCAUUAAAGUGAAGCCAAACCGAAACCGAAAAAAAGAAAAAAACCAUUGAAACCAACUAAUAGACUAAUUGCGUAAAUCUAAACCUAUACCGAAACCGAUAAUGAAAACGAAAUCGAAACCAAAUACGAGUGUUGAUCAAACCAAAUUCAUAUUUCUGCAUUUACUAGCAACUACACAACCAGUACAGAAAAUGAAAUAUUAAUAUUAAAACUGUAUUAUGAGUCAUACACGAAGGGUUAUUACAUUUACGUUAGUUAAAGGACAAUUUGUUAGUAGUUAGCGUCUAAGCAUACUUUUUUAAAAAUCAAU